AAAAAAAAAUUGAUUAUUUUACAUUCUCUCGAAGUUUAUAAAGUUUCUUAAGAUGUCUACAACAUACGAUUUUCACUGUUUUUUACGUUUAGUUGUGCUAGCCAUUGGUCCUAAGAAGGUUAGUGUAAAGAACAAUGCUGAGAAGAAGAAAAAGCUGAUUACGAUAGAAUUGAAGAAGGAGAUCAUUGUUAAACACGAGAAAGGAGUGCGUGUAAUGGACAUAGCACGUCAGUAUGACCGAAGCACGUCGGCGAUUUGCACCAUCCUGAAGAAAAAGACGAGAUCAAGGCUGUUACAAGAACAAAGGAUGUCUCCAGACUCUUCAAGCAAUGCACAUCUGUCCACGAAGAGAUGGAAAAAUUGCUUCUCUUGUGGAUCAACGAGAAGCAACUCGUAAGGGAUAUAAUUACGGGGACCAUCAUCUACGAGAAAGCACGAGCACUGUAUGGGGAUCUCCUGAAGCAGAAGCCUGAAACAUCGACGGAGGAGACAUCAGCAGACGCACUUAAGGCCAGUCAUGGCUGGUUCGAUAAUUUCGAGAAGAGGAAUGGUGUUUAUAGCGUCGUCAGGUAUGGAGAAGCAGCGAGUGCUGACACGAAGGCAGAUGAGGAUUUCGAGCGUGAAUUCCGUCAGCUCAUCGCAUCCGAGGGGAACAUCGCACAACAGAUAUUCAACUGUGAUGAGACUGGACUUUUCUUUUUUUUUUUUGGAAAAAAUGCCCAGAAGCACCUACAUAACUACAGAGAAGAAGAAAAUGCCAGGCCACAAGCCUAUGAAAGAUAGGCUAAUUUUCUUUGUGCCAAUGCGAGUGGAGACUUGA